AUGGUCAGCAGCCGUGACAGCCAGCAGCUAAGAGGCUUUGCUGCUGCCAUCCUAGCAUGGAUCCUUUGUAGCGUCUCUAUGGCCCUACCUCAUUGGCGAAUGUGGUCUUUUCAAGAGCCCAUGGAUUCGAAGCCCAGCAUGACUUUAGUGGGAAUGUGGAUGACGUGCGUUUACCAACAGGAAAAUAUUUCCAGCAUUUUCAGGGUGUGUUACCCAUAUACCUACCAGGACACCUUCAUUCCUUUGGAUAUUCGAGUUGCUCAACACCUGUUACUUGUCUCCAGCUUUCUCGGCAUGGUUGCGACAGUCUCCAUCAUUGCUGCUCUUUGGAGAAUUUUCUCAAGGAGACUCCGGAAGAAAGCCCCCUACAAUCCAUUCUUCUUUUCAGGGGUUCUGAACAUCAUUGCUAGCAUCUUUGUCUUCCUUUCCGUCUUGUACAACUAUUUAGCCAUCAUUCACAAGGACAGGAUUGCCUUCCCCCCAUAUUUCCACAUACCAUCCUUCCCAGAUACCCAGAGAGUUGGCACUGCGCUGAUAAUGGCAACCCUUUCUUCUUUCUUAUUUCUAGUGGGUGGCACAAUUUCCCUUUCUUUCACUCUUUCCCGGUGUCCCCAUAUAUAUUCUAACAUUUAA